GAAGAGCAUAUACACCCUGAAGUUGUAGCUGGUUUGUCGCCUACCGUGCGCGAGCACAUCCGGGCGGCCUUUAAAGAGAUGGCGGAGGAGCACCAGACGCGCAUGGAGCACCUUCUGCUGGAGAGCACCAGGGAGAAGGAGAGGGAGAAGGCCACGCUGCUGUCCGCUUUUGAGGCCGCCAGGCAGGAGGAGCUCAGCCUGACCGCCCAGCUGCUCCAGGAGGUCCGCCAGCAGCUGGACAAGGUCCUCGUCAUCCAGGAGAGACGCGCCGCCAUGGGCCAGGCCUCCAUGUCCGCCAUGGGCUGCCAACUGCAGCUGGUGCAGGCAGAGCAGGAGAAGGAGAGGUGCCAGGCCCAGGAGAGGGAGAGGGAGUUUCAGCAGGAGAAGGAGAGGGCACAGCAGAGGGAGAGAGAGUAUGUGAUGGAGAAGGAGAGGGCACAGCAGAGGGAGAGAGAGUAUGUGAUGGAGAAGGAGGAGGCCCAGCGGAGGGUACAAGAGCUUGUACUGGAGAAGGAGGAGGCCCAGCGGAGGGUACAAGAGCUUGUACUGGAGAAGGAGGAGGCCCAGCGGAGGGUACAAGAGCUUCUUCAGGAGAGGGCACAGGAGAGGGAGAAGGAGAUGGUCCUGAUGCUGGAGACAUUUGCAGUGAGCCAGAGGCUGAUGAUGGAUGAUCUGCAGGCUACGGCAGGGAAAUGGAUGAAGACACAUGCUGCUGGGCAUAACAACACUCCUGCAGUUUUCUUGAUGUGGGGACUGCGCGAGGAGAGCAGAAUGGUGGCGGACAGUAUGCCCGUCAUCCAUGACAAACUGGAGACUUUCCUGAACAAGGAAGCGAUGGAGAAACUGAUAAGAGAGCACCUCCAAAAUGAGGCACAGCUCGAUGCCGAGUUGGAGAGGAGGAGGAGUUACCUGGAGAUGAAAAUGACGGAGAAAAAACAGAGGCUCCAAGCAGCCCAGGAGAAAAAACAGCAAAAGCUGCAGCUGAAGCUUCUCAAGGAGGCAGGGAAAAAGAUGCGCGCCGCAGAAAAGGAGCUGAAGAGGAGAGAGGAGAAGAAGAGAAAGGAGGCCGAGAAGGUGGACAAAAAGAAGGCCAAAGAGGAGCAGAAGGAGACAGAGAGGCAGGAGAGGAGGGAGAGGCGCGAGAGAGGAGGAGGUGCAGUCCGCAGCCUCUUCAGCUGUUUCAGGCCGGCUGUGGCUGACUGAACUGCAUGUGUGUCCUCUGUCCCUCGCCUCUUGUCCCCUGUCCCUCCCCUCUUGUCCUCUCUCUGGCUGUCCUCUGUCCCUCCCCUCUUGUCCUCUCCCUAGCUGUCCCCUGUCCCUCGCCUCUUGUCGUCUCCCUAGCUGUCCCCUGUCCCUCCCCUCUUGUCCUCUCCCUGGCUGUCCUCUGUCCCUCCCCUCUGGUGGUCCACCUGGCUCUCCUCUGUCCCUCCCCUCUGGUGGUCCACCAGGCUCUCCUCUGUCCCUCCCUCUGUCACCCUGUCCUGGACAGUCCUGCCUCUGUCCAUCCCAUGUUUUUCCCCCAAUAAAUCCC